GGGAGCUGCCUGCUGCACAAGGUAUGCUUCACGGGCGACACCGCCCUGCUGUCCCUGCUGCUGGCCGCUGGGGCCGAUAUCCGCCUGACCGACACCGCCUCCUCCUCCGGUGGGGGCAACACGCCCCUGCAUGUGGCCGCCAGCCGCCCACACCGAGAGGAGGUUGCGGAUGCGCUGAUACGGACCCUGCUAGGCCGGGGGGCCUCGACAGCAGCAGCAGCGACAGCAGCAGGGGGUUCCGGAGGGGCGAAGGCGGGAGCAGCAGCACUAGCAGCAGGAGCAGGAGUGGAGAAGGGGCGGGAGAUGGAGGCGGGUAUGGCUGAGUUGGCUGCGGUGGUGGAGGCGGAGGGGGCGAGGCUGGAGGCGUUACGGGCCCGCAACAAGGCGGGGCAGCGGCCGGAGGAUGUGGCGGGUAACAAGAGGGUGCGGCGGCUGCUGCAGCAGCUGCUGGAGGAGGUUAGCGGGUCGUACAAUCGCGCCCGUAAGGCCCUCUUAGAGAAGCAGCAAUGGCAGCAGCAGCAAGUAAAGCAGCCGCAGCAGCAGCAACAGCAGCCUGGCGGCAAGGCCGACCCACGGGUCAAUCGCAGGUCACAAAGCGGCGAAGCCGUCAGUGCCACCACCACUGUCGAUGUCGCCUCCGCCGAGGGCGCUACAAGCACCUCCAGUAUUAACAAGACGGGUCGCAGCACUAAGAAGGACGCCGGUAGUGGUAGUGCUGCUGCUGGCGGCAGCGGCAUUGCCGUACGGGCUCUCCGUACGGUCGCAGAUCUGGCUGACGAUGAGGCGGUUCGGAGCGCCGCGCUGUCGCAGCUGGUGGGCGUUCCGGAGUCGCUGGUGCUGCCGCUCGCCGCCAAGCUAGCAAAGCUGCUCCCCGCCAACUGCCUCCGAGUCACGGCCCGAGCCGCAGCCACCGCCGCCGCUGCUGACGGCGCCGCCGCCGCCGGGGACGCCGACACUGACGCCGCCAACGCCGCCACAGAUCGGGAGCUUCGUCGUAUCGUACGGGAAAUGCGUGUCGGCGCGACUGACGGCGGCGGCGAGGGUGAGGGAGAGGGUGGGCAGCCUGGCGAGGAGGAGGGUGACCCACGGGUCUGCGGGGAUGACGCGGAGGUGUACAGCGACGACGACGCGCCGCCUCCAGGGGAGGAGUUGCUGCGGGAGGAGGAGGAGGCGCAGCUGGUCAGGUUGCCAUCAGGAGGGGCGGGAGGGGGCGGGGGAGCUGCGGCGGUAGGUGCGGUGUCAAGAGGAGGGGGUUUGAAGGGUGCCGUGGCGUCAGCUGCGAUGGCGGCAGGAGUGGCGUUUGGCGGCGGUGGCGUGAGUGCUGCUGCAGCGGGGCGGGAUCCGCAGCAGCAGCAGGGGCACCCGUUGAAGGGGCUUACCUGGCGCUUCGUCAUCACACGUCAGGCGUACGAGGCGUGGGGUCGGCUGCCGGAUGUGUGGAGACGUGUGGUUCUGGAGCGGCUGCGGGUGAUCGGCAGCGGCUACUGGGCUCGCUGCAGGGGGGCCAAGAAGCUGAGUGCGGAGGACCCGAUGCUGGGGCAGCAGGAGUUGUGGCGGUUGAAGAUCAGCCGGGGUGGGCGCAUCCUGUUCGAGGUGGCGGUGGAGUACGACGAGGAGAGCCGCACCUGGGCGGAGAUGAUUCGGCUGUGGUUCAUCACCCUCAACCACAAGGCCUACGAGGACAUGAUCGGCCUGGUGCGCUCCUCCUUCCGCCGAACCCUAGCUAUGCGGGAGCGACUCAAACUGCAGCCCCUGCCACACCACGAGGCACCUGUCUCCUCCUUCUCCACCUCCUCCGCCACCUCCUCCUCCCUUUCAUCUUCAUCCGCGGGUCGUGCGGCUCAGCGCCUGCCACGACACUACCGAGAGGCGGCCAGCAGCAACACCUCCUCCCCUGCCGCCUCCUCCUCUUCAGAUGCGGAUAAGGACAGCAGCACCAGCAAGAGCAAGGCAUCCGUGUCCGACGCUUCGUCUUCCUCCGCCAUCACCUCCCUCCGCGAGCACUUCCCCCCCGCCAGCUGGGCCGCGGACACCUACACGCUCAUGAAGUUUUACACCCUGGACGCCACCUUGGUGGGGGCGGUGCUGCAGGGGCUGGAGGCGGCGAAGGUGGACUUCCCCUUCAAGCUCUCCCCCCAGGAGUACGACCUCAUCACCCUCACCCCCCACCCGCCAUCCUCCAUCAUCCUGCUGGGCCGCUCCGGAACCGGCAAAACCACGUGCGCCGUGUACCGGCUCUGGGGCCACUGGCUGCGACACCACACGCAACCGGGGCUCGAUCCCGUGAACGCCGUAUUCGUAACCGCAUCCGCUACGCUACGGGAGCGUGUGGCCAUCGCGUUCCGGCGGCUGCAGAGUGCCGUACUCUCCCCCGCGGAGUACGCACGGGUUUGUACGGCAGCCAAUGCGACGUACCACAGCUUCCGGGAUGUGCCGUACGAGGCGUUUCCGCUGUUUCUGAGUAGCAGGACGUACCUGAGGAUGCUGGAUGGAACGCUGGCGCGGCCUUUCUUCCCUCGGGCAGCUAACGGAGCUAUCCAGCAGCUGCCCGACGACGGAGAGGAGUUGGACCCCGACGGAGCCGCCCUGGUGGUGGCGCUAGAUGAGGACGCGAGCGAGGAGGAAGAGGAGGAGGAGGAAGAGGCGGCAGCAGCAGCGGCGGAGGCGGCGGCAGCGGAGGCGGGAGGGGUGGCGCUACAGGAGGAGGUUGAGGCGGCGGCGGCAGCUGCCGCCGCCGCUGCGGGGCGAGCUGCGGCGUUGCAGGAGCUGGACGCCGCCUUUGGCGGCGGCGGCGGCGCUGACGGAGGCGGGCUGUACGGCAACGCUGGCGGCGGUGGCGGCGGCGACGGUGAUGGUUAUGGUCUUGGCGUGGCGGGUCGUGCUAGGUUGAGUCGGGAGGUGACGUACCAGUACUUCGUGAGCGCCAUGUGGAGGAGAAUCACCACCCCCGAGCAGCGCGACUCCGUGUCCCCCGGCCUGGUGUAUCAGGAGAUCAUGAGCUACCUAAAGGGAAGUGCGGAGGCCAUUGCCAGUCCCACGGGUCACCUCAGUCUGCGCGCCUACCUGGCACUGGGUCGCAAGCGCGCCGCCAACUUCGGAGAGGAGCUGCGGGAGAGGCUGGUGUGGCCCAUCUUUGAAAAGUACGAGCGGUUGAAGCGCCAGGAGUGGCGGUACGACCUGCUAGACCUAGUGGGCCACGUGUAUCGGGAGGUGGCGGUUGGCGGUUACAACGGCACGCCCAUUCACGCGCUGUACCGCGACGAGGUGCAGGACUUCACGCAGGGGGAGUUACUGCUGGAUCUGGCGGUUGCCUCCGACCCCAACAGCCUCUUUUACUGCGGAGACACGGCGCAGACCAUUGCACGCGGCAUUGGGUUUCGGUUCGCGGAUAUCUGCACGUUGUUUUGGGAGGAGAACCAGCGCCGGCAGCAGCAACAAGUGGCGCGGCAGCAGCAGGCGGGCGGCGGCCCCCUCCUCCGCAGCGGUCGCGGCAUCGCUGUGGCCACUCCGCCCAUCCACCAGCUCACCAUGAACUACAGGACCCACCAGGGUGUGUUGGACGUGGCUGCUCUGGUGGUGGACGCGCUGCGCCGCUACUUCCCGCGCCAGCUGGACCGGCUGGAGCGGGAGCGCGCGCUGUUCCCCGGCCCCCACCCGCUGCUGCUGGGGGGCAUCAGCGCGGACGACCUGGCCAUACUGCUGAGCGGCGCGGACAGGAACACGUCGCAGGUUGAGUUCGGCGCCCACCAAGUGAUCCUGGUUCGCUCCAUGGCCUCCGUGGCCGCCCUGCCGCGAGACAUCCAGGACAGCAACGCCAUCAUCAUGACGGUGCCGCAGGCCAAGGGGCUGGAGUUUGACGAUGUGUUCAUCGUGGAUUUCUUCGCGGACAGCGAGGCGGGUCCCGAGUGGCGCGUGCUGUCCUCCUAUCUAGCUGAACUGGCGGCGGGGGGCGGGGUGGCACCCGGGGAGCAGCAGGGGGAGAGGCACGUGUACGACAUGCAACAGGUCGCCCCCCCCGACCCGGGCGCCGUCCGCCCGCUUCCCUUCGACGAGCGCUCCCACGUGCUGCUCGCGGAGGAGUUGAAGCACCUGUACACCGCCCUCACGCGAGCCAAGAACAACGUGGUGAUAUUCGACCGCAACCCCGCCAAGCGGGCGCCCUUCUACCACUUGUUGCAGAGCUGCGGCAUCGCACGCACCGUGCACAGGUCUCUGCUGGAGGACGGUCGCGACGCGGUGCGGUUCGGCCUGACGCAGCAGGCCACCAGCAGUCGCGCGGAGUGGGCCAAGCGCGCGAGGAACCUGAUGGACAACCGCAACUACGGCAUGGCGAGGAAGGCGUUCCUGCAGGCAGCGGACCCGGUUCGCGCCGAGGUGGCGGAUGCCUACCUGAAGCGCCACCGGGCCGCAGAGGAGGACGUGUCAGGGCCCGGAGGCAGCAACACCGGCGGAGGCGGCGGCGGCGGCGCAGCAGCAGCAGCCGCAGCGGCCGCGGGUGCAGCGGAGCAGCGGCGGUUGCUGGCGGCCGCGGCGCUGCAGCUGCUGGCUGCUGCCUCACGCGCGGGUGAGGCUCCGGACCCCGUGGAGCCGGGGGAGCUGCGGAGGUGGCUGGGGCUGGCGGGCAGGUGCCUCAAGGCCUGCGGCAUGGCUCCCUCCGCCGCCGAGCUGGCCUUCAAGGCAGGAAACCACAGUGCGGCGCUGCGACUGCUGCUGGCGGGCAAGGAGCACCGGGCGGCGGCGGACUGCUGUCUGGCGGCGGCGGCGGAGGCGCUGCGGCAGCAACAAGAACACCAGACGGCGGCGGAGGCGGCAGGGGCGGCGGAGGCGGCGGCGAAUGAGGCCGGGACGCCAGCUGCGGUGGAGGCGGCGGCGGCGGCUGCUUGCCGGCAGCGCGCUCUGUUGUGGCUGUGCAAGGCGGUGGAGCAGGUCUUCCUGGCCAACGACCUGGAGCAGCUGGUCCUCCUGCUGGCGCCGCCCAACCUAGCAGCCGCCCGGGCAGCCGCAGCAGCAGCCGCAGCAGCCGCCAAGACACGCAGGCGAACGACAGAAGACGGCAGCAGCACCGCACCUGCGGAUGCUUCCAAUCCUUCCAAUGACGAGGACUACGAGGACAAGGAUGACGAGGACUUUGGGGAGGAAGAAGAAGAGGAGGAUGCAGCCCAGCAGGACGAGCAGCAGCAGCAGCCCCAGCAGCCGCUGCCGUUCGCCCCCCUGGUGUGGCAGCUGCACGAGGCGCUGCGACGGCGCUGGGCGGGCAGCUACGGCCGAGCGCUGCAGCGAGUGGCACUGCGGCUGGCCACUCGGGGGCAGCGCCGUACGGCAGGAGCUGUCGUACGGCUGAUGCCGGUGGAGGCGGAGCGGGAUGCGCUGCUGGCUAAGCUGGGGUAUUGGAGGGAGCGGGCGCGGCUGAAGAGGUCCACGGACCCCCUGGCGGCCGCUCAGCUGCUGCUAGACCACGGAGACAUGGAGCACGCUGUACGGCUGGUGUGUCGCUACCUGGCCAGCAGGGCCCCGCCUGCGCCAGAUGCUCCCCAACAGCGGGAGCAGCAGCGUCAAGGCGGCAGCGGCGCAGCAGCCACAGCUGCUGCUAGCACUAACAUCAGCAGCGGCAGCGGCGGCACUGCCGCUGCGUGGGCGCCCGUGGACCCCCGCGCCUGGGAGCUCCUUCACCGCUGCAUCCUGGCUCAGACGGACGUGACAGGAGCGAGGAGGCUGAGGCUGCAAAUGGACCGGUGGGCACCCGCCGCACCUGCUCCGUCGCAGCAGCAGCAGCAGCAACAGCAGGCGGUGCCGGGGCCGGCCAGGGCAGCACCGGCACCAGCAACCACAGCUGGUGGCGGCGGCAGCAACGACGCUGGGAGCAAGUUGGUGUCGUACCGCGGCCAUGCGUUGCUGCUGGAAGCUCGGCUGGUGCUACAGCCUUGGCUGGCUGGCAGCAGCAGUGGCAGCAGCGACAGUGUUGCCGGAAGGUCCACUUCUGCGGCUGCUGCUACUCCGGCUGCUGCUGCUAGUGCUGGUAGUGCUGCGGGGGCUUCAGGAGCCAAGGGCGUGAAGGAGCGGUCGAAGGCUGUUGUGCCGGAGUCGUGGGAGAGUGACGGUGCAGCUGCAAAGGUUGUAACUGGCACGGGGUCUCCCGCAGCAGCAGCAGCAGCUGAGCACGUGGUUGCGGAAGCCAGCGAGCUCUUGCGUGAGGCUGCCGACUGCUUCAGCAAGGGUGGCAACUGGCCGGGGCAGCUGGAGGCCCUGUCCCUCUUGACACUGUACGGCACCGCCAGCAAAGCGCAACACCACCUGCCCCCUCCCGCGGAUGGUACUUCCGGCGGCGGUACUGCCGCGCCGCUGCUCGGCCAAGCCGACACCGCCGGGGCCCUGGUCCGAGCAGCACAGGCCGCCGCCGACGCGCUGACGGCAUCGCCUCGUACGGCAGCCCUCACCGUACUGCAGCGGCAGUAUAUGGCGGCAUUGGGGGAGUUGUACGGCAUGCCGGGUAUUGCCAAGUGGGACGAGCAGCUGCCGUCGGCGCAUGCGACGCACGUCUGGCGUGCACUCGUACGGCCGGAGGCUCCUCCCGCGGCGGCGGCUAGCGGUGGAGGCGGCAAGCCACAGGGUAUCAGUUACGCUGCCGCCGCCGCAAAAGCAGCAAUGACAGGAGGGGACGUGCCGCCGCUAGCGCCCACUCGGCUCCUGCUAGCGCAGCAACUGCGUACGGCGGCAAAGCAGGCGCCACAACCCGACGCAACCUCGGGUUUGAUGCUCCGGAACCGAGUGGUGUCGGCGGUGGCUCGCGACGUCGCCGUGAAGGCAGCGUGUACGGCACAUCAGGCGUUACGAAGCGCAUUGGAUGCAUAUGUGGCGGGCGUUACGACGGCGGGCGAAGGUGCCUCAGCAGCCCCGGUGACGGGUGAGGUUUUGCUGGCGGCGCUGCGACCCGUGGUUCGGUCGGCGCGGGUGUGUCGCCAGGCGGUGGUGCUGCUGCGGAGCCUGGAGACCAAGGCAGAUCUGCAAGCGGCCUCCCUGCAGCGCUCCUUCAACUACCUAUGGCGCCGCGCCCUCGCAGCCCUCGCCACCGCCUCCCUGGCUCCCGCCCAAGCCUCAGCACUGCUCCUCGACCUGCUGCAGCCGCCCCUGUACGGCAGCGUGGGAGCCCAGGCGCAUGUGACCCAUGGGUCACUCCUGGAUCUGCUGGCGGCGGAGGGUCUCCCCAAGUUUGAUCUGUCCGACUGGGUGAGGGAAGCGCUGAUCCGUUCGGUGCCGCUGGAAAACCGGCUGGCACUGGCUCCGGUGGCGUCGUACACUGCUUGGCGGACGUUGGCGCUGGUCCUGCGACAUGACCGGGAUGCAAAGAGCAUCUUCAGCUUGCGCUCCGGCCGUCUGCCCCGGGACAUCCCCGCCUGCCGCAUGCUGCGGGUGGGGGGCUGCACCGCACUUCCCGAGUACCUGCUGCAGCAGGCGUUCAGCCACUUCAGCAUGGCCCUGCCGCACCGCGCCCUGGGCGACCUGCUCUACUACCUGUCCUGGUGCGCCAAGAGGGACGGAGCCACGCACGCCCUCACCGCCGCCACCACCCCCACAGGUACCUCCUCCUCCUCCUCCUCCACGUCUAGCAUGGGCGCAGUCAGCAACGCAGCCGCCCCCGCUGCCACGGCCUCUAGCGGGGGCACCACCCAGCAGCAGCAAAAGGAAGCCAAGUCGCUCCAGACGCCUCCAGGACCUCCUGCAGCCGCCCCGACAGGCGUCAGCGGUCGAGCUCUGCCGCUGGAAGCCUACCUGGAGCUCACGGAGGUGAUGGUGGGUCAACUGACGCUGGCGGCAUGCGACAGCGCCUUCCUCGCAGCCAACGUGGCGGGAACGCUAGGCGGCCUGCCCAUGCUGUCGGACCCUCGGAAGGGAGGUCUGGCGGAUGUGGCGGCGCAGUGGAACCGGCUGCUAGGAUACGAGCCGCCGGGGGCGACGGGCGGUACGGCAGGAGGAGCGGGCGGCGGCGGCCGGGCUGGCGGCGGCGGCGGCGGCGGGAUGAAUCAGGCGGCGCAGGCUCGACGGUUGGCGGAGUACUACCGGAAUGCGGCGGAUGUCCGGAAGGAGUUUGGGAAGCAGUUGCUGCUGGGAGCGAGAUUGAUGAUGGUGCUGGCGGCGCAUGUGGGGAGGGCGCUCGCGGCGGCGGAUGCGGCGGUUUCCGCAGCGGCGGCGGUGGCUGCGAAGCCGGAUGCAGCCGCCAGCGGCGGCGGCAGGAGUAGCAAGGACGCUGCUGCUGCUGCUGCUGCUGCUGCUGCUGGCGGCGGCGGCUCGUUACUAACGUAUGAGCUGCUUCCGCUGCUGGAGGCGCCCUCUCGCGCCGCCGCGCUGGAAAUCAUGACGUCGGCGACGGAGCCGUCGGCGGCGGCGGGUCCGAGUACGACACCCAUGGCCGCCGCCAAGGCCCGCCGUACUCGCCUGCUGGCUCUGGCUCGUCGGGCGCUGCUAACCGCCGCCAGCGCCUGGCUGUCUUUGGAGCUGCAGGAGCGGUUGUACGUGCAGAGCGGCGGAGCCGGCGGCGGCGGCGGCGGUGGCUCCAGCGCAGCGGCGGCGGCGGCGGCUGACAUGCAGCGGCCGCCUCCGACUCGCGGUGGGUGGUCGGCGGAAGCCCUGCGUCUCUUCCGUGAGGCGUGUGGGACCCUGGCUGACCUGGUGGAACCCAGCCUGUUCUUAUCCCCCCAGGCGAGGCAACAGCAACAACAGCAGCAGGAGCAGCUAGAAAAAGCGAAGAAGCUGGAGGAGGGUGAGGGAGAUGAAGGCCAACAACAGCCGCCGGCAGCAGCGGCUGUCAAGCCCACUGCGGCUUCAACCCGCGGCAAGGACAUGUCGCUAGCGGCGCUCGCUGACAAUGUACGGCAGCUGGCGGCUGCCUGGUGCAAGCCCGACGUGGGCAUGCGGGUUGUGGACGUGCGAGCCAACCGCGAGUUCACGGGCUUCGGUUCCCAGCAGCAAGUCAAGCAGUUCAAGGCGCAGGCCCAGCUGUUUGCGGCGGCGCAGGCGAAGGUGCUGUUGCCGCAACAGCAGCAGCCUGCCAUCGGACUGGGAGCUACGCAGGCUGCGGCGGGGGCAGCGGCGGCGGUGGACAGCGGACGGACAGCCAUGCUGCGAAACGCCGCGGCGGUGGUUGAGGCGGUUGGCAGCAACGACUACCGCCAGACACGUGACGAGGCUGUGAAGCAGGGCGAGUCGGCGACCGUCAUCCAGCGCGCUUGGCGGGAGUGGCGGCGGCGCCGGGAGGAGGCCGCGAAGGCGGAGGAGCAGCGGCGGCGGGAGCAGUGUGUCCUGGAGAGGCUGCAGGCCUCCCUCACUAUCAGGAUCAACCUGCGUGUCUCCAUUCGGCGCGUCAGGCAGUCCCUGGAAGCACGUCGGCCCACCACGUCGCCUCGGUCUGCUGGGCAGGGCCCGGGCGGUGAGGCAGGGAGCAGCGCGGGGGAUGGAGCUGGAGCUGGAGGCGCUGCUGCGGGGGCGGAGGAGGAGGAACCGGAUGAGUUCGGGUUUGCGGAGGUGGAGCGACAGCUGCAGGUCGGCGAGCGGGUCAAGUUCAUCGAUGAGGCCGCCUGCCCUGUCUGCCCGCCCAAGUCCUCCCCACCUCCUCCUCCUCCCCCUCCUGCUCCCGCUGCUCCCGCAAACCCGGGCGGCAUGUCCUACGCCGCUGCCGCGGCCGCGCCGCCCCCACCGCCCUCACCCUCCUUCAAGGACUUCACUCCGCACAAGAACAAGCAGCAACACGUGGAAUGCUGCCAGAGCUUCCGCGCCUGCCACGGCUGGUUCCGGCGCGGAGGGCCGGCGGGGCUGCUGGCUUGGUGCAACCUGCUGCUCCGGGAGGCGGAGGCGGUGCAGGCGGGCGACAUGCAGGUGUUCUUUCUGGAAGCCUCCCUGCAGCUGGAAACCGCCCUCACCGCCGUACGGCAGCACCUGCGGCACCUGGUGUCCAGCCGCGGCUGGGAGAUGGGGCCCAUGCAGCUGCACCCGCCGCUGGUGAUGUGUAAUCAGGCUGCAGGGGGGCUGGCUAACUUGCUGGCGCAGUUCAGGCAGGUGCAGGGGCAGGGGCAGGUGCAGGUGCAAGUACAGGGAGAGCAGCUGCCACAGCAGCAGCAGGUGCAACCGCAGCAGCAGCACCAGCAGCAGCACCAGCAGCAGCACCAGCAGCAGCAGGCGUCUUCCUCGUGGGAAGGACGGGAUCUUCCAGAGCCGCAAUCGCAAGCGGCGGUGCACCAAGGGCCUCACCCUGUGCAGCAGCCACCGCAGCAGCAGCAGCCGACAGCUGAAGUGGGUUCAGCUAGCGUUGUGGGUGCCCCUGCGCCUCACCAGGCGAUGCAGCAGCUGCAGCAGCACCAGCAACAACAACAGCAACCCCAGCCAUACCUGCAACCUCAGCAGGUGUUCCAGGGACAGCAGGCGCAGGUGCCGUUGUCGCAGCCGCCCCAUGAUGCCCCAACAACAACAACCGGUGCUGCCGGUAGCAUGGGUGGCGGCAUGGGUGGCAUGCCUGGCGGGGUCUGGGGCCAGCAGGCCCCCACCCCGGGGGCUGAUGGGUGGGGACCGCAGCCCCACCCGGCACCAGCAGCACCACCGCCGCAGUAUACACCCUUUGUUCAGGCCGGCCCCGUUGUGCCGGCAGGCCACCCGGGACAGCAGGGGCAACAGACUGGGAUGGGCUCAGGGUUGCCUCCACUGCCGCCGCUGCCGCCGCAGGUGCUACUGCAGCAUCAGCAGCAACAGCAGCAGCAGCAGUACUACUACAACCAGGUACCUGCAAGUGGCGCUGCUGCUGCUGGUGCUGGUCCCGGACAUGGAUCCACGGUAGCAGUGAUGGCGCCGUUCGCUGGGGGCAGCAGCUACAGCAGCAGCAGCGCUGCUGCAGGCGGAGGAGGAGGAGGGGGAGGCGGAGGAGGAGGGGGAGCCGCAGGGCUGGGUCUUCCGCCGACUGGGUUCAUUGGAGCUGACCCGUUCACGGAUGCCGGCAGCGGCCUCCCCCAUGUCGCCCCCAUGCCCGUCCACUGGCCUCCUAUGCCGUACAUGUACGUCGGAGGUGCUGGGCAGCAGCAGAUGAUGGUGAUGGGCGCAGCGGCAGCAGCAGGUGCAGCGGCAGCAGCAGCAGCAGCAGGCGGAGGCUUCCAAACGGGUUUUGAACCUCAUCAUCCGGCGAGCGUGAUGCUGCAGGGUUAUGGUGAUGGCUUUGGCGGCGGUCUUCGGGUCAACGUGGGCGACUUGUCGGCCGGCGUUGGUGGCUACUACCCGGUCGCAGCCAUGCCGGCAGCAGCAGGGGUGGAAGCUGGAGCCUCAGGAGGGAUGGGAGGCUUUGUCGGCGGGGAUGGCCUCGGCGGCAUGGCAGGUGGGGUAGCAGGGGAUGAGUUUGGUGAGCUGGGAGGUGUGGGAGAGGAGGACGAUGAGGAGGACGAGUGGAUGGAGCAGCCCAGGAAGGGCGGGCGGCGCAGCCGCUACAAGCGAG